AUGGGAUUUGACAACGAAGAAUUUAUUUUAGAAAUUUCCGCUGAAGAUAGCAUUUGGAAUAUAAAAUCUAAAGUAUACCAUGAUAAGGUAGCUAAACACGUGAGCUGGACAAAGGUAGCUAAGACCUGCGUCGAUGGUUUCGAAAAUCUAAAUGAUAGAGAAAAAGAUGCUAAAAUUAUCGAUCUACAAAAAAGAUGGAAAAAUCUGAGAGAUAACUACAGAAAGAAAUGUGUUACAAAGUCAGGGCAAGCUGCAAACAAAAUAAAACCAUACAUAUAUGGUAACAUAAUGGAAUUUUUGCGACCAACUAUGGAAAACAGAAGGACUGAGGGUAACAUAGAAGAAUCUAGUGACAAUGAUAUUGACAUCAAUGAUUCAGUACUGGAAGAAAAUAUCGACGUUCAAAAUGACGGAGACGACGAAAACGAUAUUCCUGAUGACCCAGUUAAAAAGAGACCUACAACAACAAAAACUAAACUGACUAAGAAACCUACAUUUGAGGAAAAUUUGCUGAACAUUUUAGAAAAUCGUCGUCCACAACCACAAGAUGCAGAAACUUCCUUUCUUAUGUCACUCCUUCCUCAAAUCCGUAGUUUGACCGAGGAACAAAAAGGUAGAGUUUAUAUUGAGUUUUUGACUACUCUCCAAAGAGUCAAAUAUUCUACUCCUCAAAUUCAACAAAUACCAUCACAGGUGAACUCUAGUUCUAUUCCUUUUACCAGUUUAACUUAUCCAUAUUAUAACUCCAAUCAAACUUUACCUGAUUUUUCUACACUAAGCUCAGCUAUAAACCCACAACAGCCACAACAAAUUGAAACUGUGACUCCUACAUUACACACUUAUUAUUCUCAGUAUAAUCCUCAGCCAUCUGCUUCAUCCACACAUUCUGGUAAUAUACAGCCUACUAAUUUUGACAAUACCAAGAAAUAA